AUGGCCGCCCGCAAUACUCUCCGCCGCUCUCUGCUCUACGUUCCCGGCUCAUCGCAACGCUUUCUUGAUAAGUCUCGGUCUCUGGCCGCAGAUUGUGUCACCUAUGACCUCGAAGACAGCGUUACUCCACACAUGAAGGCCGAGGCCCGCUCACUCGUGAGGAGAGCAAUGGACCAACCCAAACCAACAGGGAUGCGCGAACGCGCGGUACGAAUCAACUCUGUAGAAAGCGGGCUAGCACUGGGUGAUUUGACCGAAGUGCUCCAAUCACCAAACCUGACCACAAUCGUCAUUCCGAAAGUCAAUUCCGCAUCAGAUCUGACCUUCGUCACGGAUGUGAUCACCCACACCCUACAGCAACAGCAGCAAAGCCCAGACCCAAGAACUCCCAUCUCGCUCAUCGCCCUCGUGGAAUCAGCCAGAUCAGUCAUGAAUCUGUCCACAAUAUGCGCUGCGUCCCCACUCCUCCAAGGUCUUAUUUUCGCCGCUGAGGAUUUUGCGCUAGAUCUAAGCAUCUCAAGAACACCAUCGCUAACAGAAUUCCUGUUCGCGCGCUCGGCUAUAGCGACGGCGGCGCGCGCGGCGAAUCUCCCUUCUACCAUUGACCUUGUCUGCACAACCUAUAAAUCCGAUAAAGCGGAUGGGUCCCCACCUGCAGUACUGGAAGAUGAGUGCCGGGAUGGGCGGAGAUUAGGCUUCAAUGGUAAGCAGCUGAUUCACCCGUCGCAGGUGAAGGUGGCGAAUGCGAUCUUCGGGCCUGAUGCUGAGGAGUCGGCGUGGGCGAUGCGGGUUGUGAUUGCGGAUGAGAAGGCUGCUGCUGCUGGACGCGGGGCUUGGACACUUGAUGGGAAAAUGAUUGAUGUCCCUGUUGCGGAGAAGGCAAGAGUCAUUGUUAAGAAAGCCGAGGCUUGUGGUAUUGACGUGGCUGCGAUGCGAGAGCUGUGGAAGCAUCAAGAGCCUGAAUAG